AUGGCCACCGUCGACCCUCCGCACGAGGGGGUCCCCCCACACCCAUAUCCGUACUCAGAAGAGGCACACUGGCACCGGCACGGUCUCCCCGACACGGACCCAAACUCGGACUUCUACUACAGCCAACGCAGCCGCCUCGACUCGUCUGCAUCUCCUGAUACGGUAUCCGCUUCAUCUGACGUCGUGCCCAACCCCAACGACGCGGACUCGCUCAGAGAUCUGCACCUACGCCUGGACCCUCUCGAUCCAAGCCCCUUACCCGUCCCUCCUCCACGCGAGCAGCCGCAUCCCGCCGUGUCACACGCUAAAGCCGUGUCACUGUCAUUGUCACCGUCACCUUCACCCGUGUCAUCGUCGCACGCGGCCGUUGUUGAAACAUUCGACCCAAAAUCACACGAAACAAACGCUCAUCCCAACUCAAGCAUUCCCGGCGUCGGUUUCGGAUUGAAUAAACAACUCCCUCCGCUUCCGAGUCCUCGCGCCGUCCGCUCUCUCAGCCUUGCCCAGCUCGCCGGUCCCGUCAAGCGGAAGCCCUUGUCCUCCGCAGCGUCGCCGACGGCCAUCCGUUUCUCGCUCCGGGCCGGUGCCGCGUCAACUUCAUCCCCAUCCUUGCCCUACGACCCCGCGUCGCAUGUCUCGUUGCCCGCUGAUCUGCCCAGGCCCGAGCUGAGGUUUGCCAGAUCUUGCUCCGUCGACAGCCCCACCCUCUACGAGUUCCCCCAGCGCAGCUUGCCGGCUCCGAGUGCGCUGAGGGUUGCCAUUCCGGACCAAGACCACAGCGAGCCCUCGUCUCCCGGCUCCCCCAGCUUUCGUCAACAACAACAACAACAACAACAAUUACACCACCACCAGGACCUGCCCGUCCGCAGCCCGCUCGACUCGCCCGUCCAUCCCGUGCAGCUGCAACAAAACACAGCCGUUUCCAGCUCCGCGGCGAGUCAAACGUCGCGCACGCCGUCCUUGGUCCACGAGCUCGGACAACAGAGUCCAAGCGACGAAACGCCCAGCGUCGUCCACACGCAGGACUCGGAUCAGGACUCGGACCCCUACGAGCUCGGGUCUGUCUACUCGGACCCGGCGGAGCCUGACGCCGAGCUCGACUCAGACUCACCGCAUACGUCACAGCGGGUCAAACCCGCCACGCCCAUCGAAGCUCAUACCGGCGCUAUCAAGACCAUGUCCUUGUUCUCGCGGAAGUCGCCGCCUCCGCAUCUCAAUCUUCAAGCGUCGAACCUGGAUGGUCAAUCCAUCGCGUCGCCCACAAGCCGCGAGCCGAAUCUCAACAAACCGUUACCAAAAUCACCUGCCUCGUCCAAGCUCAGCGCCUUCUUCGGCUGGGCCACGUCUCCAGCACCGCCGACCACUCCCAGUGACUACGAAGAAGACAAGGCGCCCUUCUCGCCGCUACCCCCCCCUUCGCCCACUUCGCCGCCGAAACGCAGUGGAUCCCUUGCCGGUGGCGAGGCCGUCCAGACUCCGAUCACGGGAAGGAGUUUGACGUUCCCCAAUGUCGGCGAUCAGGCUAGCUCGUUGCAAUAUUGCGAGUCGUACCUACAAACACCAGAGCAGAGCACGACGUCCUUGGGACAGAUCGAAGAGAUGGAGGACGAGCUGAAGGCCAUCAGCGCCGAACUGGCGUCGUCUAUUCGACGCGAGAUGGACCUCGAGGAUCUCGUCGAGCGCCUGCAGGAACAGCUCAACAACCCGCAGGCCCGCGACAAGCGGAGCAGUGACUACUUUUCCGACUCGGGGUACAGCUCAGCCAAGUACAGCGAUUAUGAUGCCGCCAAGGAAGAGAUCUCGACGAUUCAGCGUCGGGCCGAGCAGGAAAAGGCCCAGAUUCGUCUCGAACUGACCCAGAAGCUGCAAGAAGAGCGCGAGAAGCGCCGGCUAUUAGAUCAGCAGAUCCAGGAGCUGUCGAGGCGGGCGUCGCAGAUCGACGUCGAGCAGAUUAACAAUGCCGCCAUCACCCAGCGCGUCAAGGAGCUCGAGGCCCAGUGCGAGGAUUUGAGCCGCAGGUUAAACGAAGAGCGCCAGGUCAAGAGUAACUUUGAGGAUCUGCUCAAUGCCCUCAAGGGCGAGCUGGAGACGGCCACAAACGAGCGCGACAACCUGCGCGAUGAGGUCAUCCCGCAGCUGCAGGCCCGCGUCGAGGGCCUCGAGGCCGAGGCGGCCGAGCAUGCCAAGCUCGCCUACGACACGACCAAGAUGCAGCAGGAGCUUGAGCAGCUCCGCGCCGAGCAGGCCGAACGCGAGCGGCUCAUCGCCGACACGGCCAAACUGCAGAAAGAGAUCGAGGCCCUGCGUGCCGAGUGCGCCGAGCAUGCCCGACGCGCCCAGGAAGCCUCGCGGUUGCAGCACGAGCUGCAGAUGCUACGCUCCGAGAAUGCCGAGCUCAAGAUGUCGGCUUCUAUCGGGAGCCCGCCGCCUGCUCCUCCUCCCCCGCAUACCCGCAUGUCGAUGGGCCUGUCGCGGUCGGCCUCCGUCACCGGUAGCCCCGGCCUGCGUAAGGAUCGGCCGCAGUCGUUGGCCAGGUCCAACACCAUCAACAAGCCGGGCGAGUCGCGCGAGGUGCUGGCCGAGAGGCUCAAGGACGUGGAAGCGCAGCGCGACGCCCUGCACAGCGCCCUCAAGAGCCUGCUGGAGCGGCAGGAGCUCCAGAACCGCGAGAAUGCUAAGCGCAUCCGGCAGCUCGAGAUGGAGCGCGACCGGCUGCUGUCGGCCUCGCCCAAGAAGGCCGGCUACGAGCGCGAGGUGGCCAAGCUCCGUGACGAGAUUAACGUCUUGCGUCGCCGCGCCGAGGACGCCAUUGAGCAGAAGUUCCAGGUCGAGAAGGGUCUGAUAGGGUUGAAGAUGGAUCUUGACCGCGCCCAGGAGGAGAUUGCUUCCCUCCGGCGUCUGCUCAAGGAGAAGGAUAUUCUCAUCCCCAAUGCCUGGGACCGUCCUAGCAGCAGCCACUCGGAAGAGGGGGAUGAGCAGGUUCACCUUGGCGUCCCCGUCACCUCGUCUUCGCUCGAGAAGGCAUACCAGGAUCUGCAGGCCGCCUAUGCCGACGCGCUGAAGCGGCUGAAGGGUAUGGAAGAGGCUGCCGGCUUUGACGAGAAGAUGCAGAUGGCCAUGCAGCGCCUCGAGCAGGCCCUCGCCAACGCCGUCUCGGAUCGCGACCUCGCCAGAGCCGAGGCCGACUCGUACCGCGCGCAGGUCGAGUCCCUGCAAAAGGCCGAGAAGGAGCACCUCGAAGCCGAGCGCGACCUAGCCGAGCAACUCGAGCAGGCAGCUCGCCGCGUCGAGGACUUAGCAGCCCAAGUCCGCGCCCAGCUCGACGCCAACGCCGCCCUCCGCGCCCGCCUGGCCGAAACCGUCGCCCGCGGCGAGGUCGAGCAAAAGAUCAGCACCGAGCGCAUCGCCUCCAUGCAGAACCGUCUGCGCGCCCUCGAAGAGCAGGUCAUUGCCGCCCAGACCUCCGCCGAGGAGCGUGUUGCUCGCUACGAGGAAGAAAUUGCGCGGCUGAAGGAAGCCCACAGCGCUCAGCUCCAGCGCCUGCGCGAUGUGGCGACGGCCUCCGCCCGCGUCAGCAGCACCAUCGCUGGUGCCUUGUCGCCCCGUCUCAUGCCUCCCAAAUCGCCGCUCCUGUCGCCCAUGUUUAGCCCCCGCUCCGGGCGGUCGUCACCUGGUCCGCGUCCUUCGUCCCGCAUGUCGCUGCCUGGUAGUCCCGCCGCCCGCCCUACCCUGCGCCGCAGCCUGACCGGCGAGUCGCCGCUGGAUAUGGCGAGCGAGGUGGAGCAGUUGAGGAAGAGGGUGACCGAGUUGGAAGGCCAGUUAGCGGUGGCGGAUGCCGAGAUGCAGCAAGUUGUGGAGAGGGUGACGCAGAGCCAGAUGGAGGUGUUUAGGCUGCAGGAGGAGAGGGAUGAAGCGAUGAGAAUGACCAGGAAGUUGCAAAGAUGUUUGGAGGAGGAGAGGAUGAGGGUUUUUGAGCGGGAGUGGAGGGAAUUGACGCAAGCUCAAGGGGGAGGAUUGCAGGUGAGAGUUGAGGCGGAUGAGUGA